AUGGGUGGAUUCUGGUCAUCGCCCGCCCCUCCGUUGACGGAGGCCAAUCUCCAGGACCAGACUGGUAAGGUAUUCAUAGUAACCGGUGCGACAUCCGGAUACGGCCUCCUCCUGGCCAGAAUCCUCUACCGACGCAACGGCAAAGUAUACCUAGCAGCUCGCGACACAGCAAAGCUACAGCAAGUCGCAGACGAUCUCAAGCACGACUUCCCCAAUUCGGCCGGUGAAGUAGACUUUUUCCACCUUGAUCUUUCCGACCUGUCAACAAUCAAGAUCUCGGCAGACGCAUUUCUGGCGAAGGAAAGUCAACUCCAUGCACUAUGGCAUAAUGCCGGAGUCAUGAUUCCUCCCCAGGGAUCCAAGACCAAACAGGGCUAUGAGCUUCAACUUGGGACAAAUAACAUCGGCCCGUUUCUGUUGACCAAGCUCCUCGUUGCCCCGAGAGCUCCCACCCCUGCUAUCGAUUUCACAAACCUUGAUUAUCACAAUGAUGAAUGGGCCUGGGUAAAGUACGGAAGAAGCAAGGCAGGAAACGUGCUCCAGGCGGCAGCGCUGGCUCGACGCGCUAAGGAUGAUGGCAUCGCAAGCUUGGCACUUGACCCAGGUGUUGCCAUCACCGGCCUGCAGCGUACCAUGUCAGGUUGGCUACUAGUUAUCAUUCGUCUCAUAUCGCAAAGGCCGGAGAUUGGGGCCUAUACCCAGCUCUAUGCAGGCCUCCAGCCAGACCUUGACGUUCAGCAGCCUGAGACAUGGGGUAAGCCAGGAAAUCUACCUCGUAUUGCCCGUUUACUAACCAGUGCGGCAGUUGUUCCCCCGGGGAAAUUGGUAGGUGGCCGAGCGGACCUCUUUGAUGGUGAGGCGAGCGAGAAGUUCUGGCAAUGGAACGAAGAGCAGAUCAAGCCAUAUGUCUAA